UAUUUUCUACUCACAACAUUUUCCGACUCUCCAAGGAAGAGAGCGGACUACUGUACCUUGAAUGUUUUGUCUCGGAACAUUAGUGACGUAAGCAAAAAGUUCCCUUCACCCUUAAACCCUCGCAAUUCACAAUUUCUCUGCAAAACCCUAAUAACCCUCUCCCAAAUUCUCCAUUACUCUCUCAAUCGCAUCCCAAUGAUGGAACAAAACUCAGAACAAGACAAUCGUGAACUCUACGCAAUCCUCAACCUCUCACCCGAAUCCUCCGACGAAGAAAUCCGCAAAGCUUAUCGUCAAUGGGCACAAGCUUAUCAUCCAGACAAGUACCAAAAUCCUCUCAUGAAAGAUGCUGCUACUGAGAAUUUUCAACGAGUUUGUGAAGCUUAUGAGAUUCUUUCAGAUCCGAAUAAGAGACAGGUUUAUGAUAUUUAUGGUAUGGAAGGGUUGAAAUCUGGUUUGGAACUUGGUUCCAGGUUGGAUAGAGCUGAAGAGAUUAAAGCCGAGUUGGAGAGGUUGAAGAGAAGAAGGGAACAUGAGAAGAUGGUGGCUAAUUUUCAGUCUUCCGGGACGAUUUUGGCUAAUUUGUCCAUGCCGCAGUAUUUAGAUGGUGAUGGUCUCUUUAGAGGAAUGGCAAUGACGAGUGAAGUUCAGUCUCAAUUGUCAAAACGAAAUGUUGUUGGGAUUGGCGGCAAUUUAGCAGUUGAAGGACAUCAAGGUGGUGGAGCUGCUAAUGUUGUAUUAAGUCAUCAACUUUCCGAGGCUUCGUCAAUAGAAUUUAUUGCUUCAGCCGGUUUACGUUCACUAAUUGGAGUGCAGACAUCACGCGUUAUAUCAUCACACUCAUCUGCAACAGCAGGAUUAUCAAUGUCUUUGAGAGAUGGUUCAUUGAAUCUUUCUAAUGCAUGGACCCGCCAACUGUCAGAAACAACAAAUGGACAUAUACAACUCAUGUUGGGAUCACAACCAUCUGUAGCUGUAGGGUGGAAGAAAGAAGAUGAGAGAAGGACUGCCACUGCAGAAGUGAAGCUCGGCACAGGUCCUUUCGAGACAUCAGCUCGGUAUACUCAUCGCUUUUCUUCUAAAUCUCAUGGCUGCAUUGGAGGAAGAUUUGGGAGUUCUUCCAUUGAGAUGGAAGUUGGUGGAGGAAGGAAGUUAUCCAAAUUCAGUACUGUGCGCUGGUUGUAUGUAGUAGGACUUCAGGGUAUUUCCUGGAGAUUUGAAUUCUGUCGUGGGGGUCAGAAGUUGAUUAUUCCUGUUUUGCUGACGAAUCAUUUGAACCCUAUGUUUGCUACUGGAGCAUUAGUUAUUCCAGCAUCUUUUUACUUUGUUCUGAAGAAAUUUGUCAUUAAACCGUAUUACCGUAAAAGGAAUAAGCAGAAGGCUCUAGAGAAGGAGGGAAAAACUUCUACCCAGGUUCAAGAAGCAAGGGCAGCAGCAGAAAAAGCUCAGAAAUUACAACAAAAUGUGGCUAAUAGGAAAAGAAACAAGCAAUUAGAAACGAGCGGACUGGUUAUUAUGAAAGCACUAUAUGGAAGUGAUACAAUUUUGAACAACUUGUAUUCGUCAAAUGGAACAAGUUUUGAAUCUACUUCAGGAGUCAUUGAUGUUACAACACCUCUGAAUUUUCUAGUUAAUGAUUCUGGUCAACUUAAGCUUCACGAAGGUGUAAAGAAAUCAGGAAUCAUGGGAUUUUGUGAUCCUUGUCCAGGAGAAACUAAAUUGUUGUAUGUAGAGUACGCUCAUGCAGGCAAUCAACACAAGGUAUUGGUUGGUGACUAUGAAGAAUUAGUGAUACCCCAGGGCAUCCACAGGAUAUAAACAAAUAGUACUAUACACAUUUAUAUCAUUGUUACCCUGCAGUUUUGCCAUGUUUACAUACUUGAGGUAAAUUAUUUUGUACUGUUAGAUGGAAUUACAAGAGGUACCUUCAAUCUACAAUUUUCAGGCCAGUGGUAUCUUUAAUUUUUUAGCUUACUUAGUCUUUUCCUUCUGUUACGCCUUGCAAAUGAUGAAAUAAGGGCGUUUUAGGAUGUCAUCGUAGUAUUUGUCACACUGUUGUGCUCUAUGCUGUGUUAACCCUGCUGACUGUACCGCAAUUUUGUGUGAUGUUCCUUUUAUUGUUCAUUGGUUGCAUUUGCCCAACCAUAUAAGUUCAUUCUUGCCCAAUGGCUGUAAUUUUCAUUUAGGUUUGUUGUUGGUAGUUGAUACACCAAAAGUGACUAUAACAACCGGGGAUAACAUCGAGUGCCGUGACAUUUUUGUAUCGGUUCACUUCAUUUUCUUUUUAUCAGCCAAGGCACUGGUUUUACAUUUGUAGCUUGAUAAUCAAAAGGCUUGAUUACCGUCUAAUGCAACUUCUAGUUGGCUCGUGAAUGACAACGAAAUAAGGAUUUAA